CGGUACUUAUUAAAACACUUAUGCUUCGUCUUGUGAAAGUUGUGCCACGCGUGGCGCCUCAUACCAAAGAACUUGUGGGUCAGAAAAGACUUGUGACCUGCGCACUUUGACCUUGGCGACUGGGGGCAUUAUCAUGAAGCUGGCGACCGCACUUCUGCUUACAACUGUCGCUUCUAUUGUCAAUGGCCAAUGGAUUUUGGAACAAGAAGAAGAUGAUUACGACGCCUACGAAGACAUCGAUGAGAACGAAGAAGUCACUUGGGAAACAGAUGAGGAAGAUGAAAACAAGGGAGAGAAGCCAUGUUCUCCACCCCCUUCCAUUCGCAAUGGUCGGGUGGACAUUUGGGGAGAGGGUUUGCUUUUAGAGUACAGCUGUGAUGAUAAAUUCUAUGCUGUUGGAUCUACACAUGGUGCCUGCGACCUUAGUGAAGGACAGUGGACCAUUGAACCUCCUCUCUGUGUUGAGGAGGGAUGUCCAGCUCUGCCAGCCCCCAAAAAUGGCGUGGUCAGCGUGGACGAGUCAGGGGGCGUGGCCACCUUCACGUGUCGCCUUGGUUACCACCUGGUGGGCUCCAACAUGCUGCUGUGUGAGGGAGGGCGGUGGACCGGCAUCUAUCCCAUAUGCGCAGUGAGUCCCAAGCCAACUGAAUCCCCCCUGGCAAACACUACAGACACGAAGGAUAAAAGCAAGCCGGUGCUAAAAGAGAGUGUGAGAAUAGAAGAUUCCGAUGAAACCUGCUUUCAUAGCCACGUAGAGCCGCCAUCAGUGGAAAACGCGGUCAUGGAGACCAGCUACGUUAUGAAUGAAAUCAGGGGAAGAUAUAUAACAAUCGCCACCUACACCUGUUUCCAUGGCUACAAGCUGAAAGACCCAGAAGCCAACCAGAUGUACUGUCGGAAUUUGAAAUGGGGAGCGCCAGAAGUUCCGGAAUGUGUUCCAGAGAAUGAACCUUGCCUUAUCAACAACGGCGGAUGUCAGCACGUGUGUGUUCCGGGGGACGGGGGAUAUGCGUGCGCGUGCGACCCUGGCUACACACUCGGACAGACUGGGAAAGAUUGCAUAGAUGUGGAUGAGUGCGCUAUAGACAACGGGGGCUGCCAUCAAGAAUGUCACAACACUCUGGCGUCCUUCUUCUGUUCCUGCUUUUCCGGAUACGUCGCCAAGGGACACGACUGCGUGGACAUCAACGAGUGUCAGAGUCAUCAAUGCCCAGGCACAUGCGUGAACACUGCCGGAAGCUGGUACUGCAACUGCUCCGUGCCCGGAUUUCGAUCCUCUAGUGUACCGACUGUAUGUGAAGACGUAGACGAAUGCGCCGUAAACAAUGGAGGAUGCGAUGAUAUUUGCAUCAACCGACGAGGAACCUACAUCUGUCGCUGCGAGGAAAGAGGGCGACGACUAGCGGCAGACAACCACACGUGUGAAGACAUAGACGAAUGCAAGCGCUACAAACACAAGGCGUGUCGUCACGGCACCUGCUACAACACCGACGGUUCGUUUGUGUGCACCUGCAACGUGGGCUUCGUUUCAUCAGCCGACAGCGACGCGUGUUUAGACGUCGAUGAGUGCGCUCGAGACAAUGGCGGCUGUCAGCAAAAGUGCAACAACUUCCCGGGUUCUCACAACUGCUCCUGUUACCAAGGGUUCGCCCUCACGGACAAUCUCGUUACCUGCAAAGACAUCGACGAAUGCAAAAUGAACAAUGGAGGCUGCCAAGACAAGUGUAUCAACAGCCCAGGGAGUUUCUCCUGUCUUUGCACCAGACUGGGUCUCGUUGUUGCCGCAGACAACAAGUCUUGCAUCACCUGCAACGAAACCCAGCACUACGAUGCCGCCACGCAGACCUGUCGGCCAUGUCCAGCGCAUGCGCACACUGCAGCCGGCCAGACAGCGCUAUCGCUAUCAGACUGCACGUGCGACCCGGGAUUCCAGACAGAGUUCGUUGAUGACGUCAGAGAGUGCCUCGACAUUGAUGAAUGCUCAGAAGGAUCGCUGGUUUGUUCCCACACAUGCGUCAACACCAUAGGAAGUGUGUACUGCACAUGCGCAACCGGAUACACUCUCCAGCAAGACGGAAAAACUUGUGAAGAUAUUGAUGAAUGCGCUGACCUGGAAAAAAGAAAUGCCAGCAACUGCAACCAGCUGUGUGUUAACUUGCCAGGCUCAUACAGGUGUGAGUGUAUCGGAGGCGGCUACCUCAUGUCAGAUGAUGGUCAUACUUGCAAAGACGUGAAUGAAUGCAAGGCAGGUACGCAUACCUGCACUCAUCAAUGUGUCAACACAGACGGCGGGUACUUCUGCGCCUGUCCGAAAGGAUUUUACCUUGACAAUUCAACACUUACCUGCAAAGAUAUCAACGAAUGCCUACUGGACAAGUCCCCUUGUCAACACAGCUGUAACAACACGAUAGGAUCCUACCAGUGUGGUUGCUAUAGUGCAGGCUUCAAACUGUCGUGGGAUCAAAGUACCUGUGUUGAUGUUAACGAGUGCAUGGAGGGCGACAACCCGUGCCCCGACAUUUGCAUCAACACUAUGGGCUCCUACCUGUGUGACUGCAACAGAAAGGGUUACCGUCUGGCAGAAGACCUGUCAGGCUGUUUGGAUAUUGACGAAUGUCACGACGGUACAGUGCAUGGAUGCGAACAGCUGUGUGUCAACUUACCUGGAACAUUUAAAUGCGACUGUUUACCUGGGUACAGAAGGAUUGGCACCAAAAACUGCCAGGAGUGUCCGGAAGGAAUGUAUAGGAGUCCUCAGGACAGCCAAUGUCUUCGAUGCCCAGCUCGUGCCACGACGAAUGGGACUGCGAAAGGGUCGCUAAAGGACUGCGCUUGCGAGUUGGGUUACCAUGGAGACCCAGGUGCCGGCGUGGCCUGCGCUGAUUUUAACGAAUGUUCGAUUGGCGAAUUCGGAUGCACUCAACGCUGUGUGAACACAGUGGGAAGUGCUUACUGUACCUGCAACCCUGGUUUCCGUCUGUCCGUAGACAAGAAAACAUGUGAAGAUUUUGACGAGUGCUCCUACACAAAAGGACGUUGUCAGCAGCUGUGUGUCAACACUCCCGGAAGUUACGCAUGUGCCUGCAAUGGCACUGGCUACGUUCUCAACAGGAAUGGCUACACGUGCGAUGACAUUAACGAGUGCGAGGCCGGCACGAUUGUGUGUGACCAUCGUUGUGUCAACACGCUGGGCACGGCAAUAUGUCUGUGUCACCGAGGCUACAAACUGUUAGAGGACAAGGUGUCUUGUGGCGAUCUGGAUGAGUGCGCCACAAAUAAUGGCGGAUGCGAUGAUGUGUGCGUGAACACUGUGGGAGGAUUCGAGUGCCAGUGUCGCAAGCCUGGCUACAGGCUGUCCAAUCGUGACAGCAGGCAGUGUGUUGAUAUCAACGAAUGUAUAAACAAGAGUCUGUGUGAGGGACAUUGCGAGAAUCUGAUGGGCUCCUACCGUUGCCACUGCAGUGCCCUUGGCACCGUGCUUGCUCCGGAUGGACAUUCCUGCCAAGAUGUUGAUGAAUGCAACAGGACUCACACCUGCCAGCAGGUGUGUAUAAACGUGCCGGGUGGCUACGAGUGCGCCUGUCACCCUGGUUUCUUCUUACAGAACGCAAAGUGUGUAGUUUGCCCCGUGGGCACCUACAGGACUGAGGCGAUGCCUAGCAACAACAGUUGUCAGGCGUGUCCAGAUCACAUGACAACGCUCGCUACUGGCGCCACCUCGCAGGCAGAUUGUAUCUGUGUCCCUGGCUACGUCUUGUCCGCACAUCUCGCCACACUGUGCUCGGACAUCAACGAGUGUGAUGAAGAUAACGGAGGGUGUGAGCAUAAAUGCCAGAACAUCCCUGGAAGCUACAAGUGCGCUUGUUCGUCUGGUUUUCAGCUUCGUGCUGACAACCACACGUGCUACCGUGUCAUAUGCUCACCCUUGAAGGCGCCGCGCCACGGUCACGUGUUCCCGCCCGAGUGCCAGAUGACCCCUGACGAAGGUCAGACCAGCUGGUUGACACAAGGCACCGUGUGCAGCUACAAGUGCAAGCGCGGCUAUACCCUCGUGGGUGAAGCAUACCGCACGUGCGAAGCUAGCGGCGUCUGGUCUGGUCAAGUCGCAACCUGCAGACCCAAGACCUGCGAAGCGCCGAAGCCUCCAGAGAACGGACUUGUUCUGCCAGAAGCUUGCACGACGGGUCCCGUGCCUUUCCAGAGACGGUGUAAAUUUCGUUGCCUGAAGGGUUUCCAGCUGAAAGGCAGAACAGGAUCCAAGUGCCUGGCCAGUCAGAAAUGGAGUGGGUCCCGCUCCGGAACAAAGUGUUUGCCGAAAUCACCUCGUGCUGCAUCUUCAUCCACCAAUGAGAACAGUCCUGUGCUUAAUUAAUCCGAUUCAGGCUGUCUCUGUGCCAUCAC